AUGCAUCACUCAGCCCUUCUCACUGGAGUGUCCCUGAUAUGUCUCCUGUGUGGGUCCUACUGUGGUAAAAUUUUGGUAUAUCCAGUUGAUGGAAGCCAUUGGGUUAACAUGAAGGUUCUCAUUGUGGAAUUACACUCAAAAGGCCACAGUAUCACUGUGAUCCGAGGCUCAAAUAGUUGGCAUAUCAAGGAGGAGUCCCCCUACUACAAUUCCAUCACAGUUGAGAUAGGAAAAUAUGACUUUGAAUUCUUAACCACAUUUGCAUCUGAUUUGUUGCAAAUGAGAAGACAUGGAAGGUUUUUCUGGAACCAAUUUAUUAUAGGAGAAGAUAUUUUUGAGACAUUCUCUAAGUUCCAUGAAGAGAUUUGCAAUAUGACUGCAAUAAUGUUUGAAAAUGAGACCCUGAUGAAUUUUAUCCAGGAUGCUAAAUAUGAUGUGGUUUUAACUGACCCUGCUUUUGGAGGUGGGGUGUUACUGGCACACAGAUUUGGUCUUCCUCUUGUAUUUAAUGUCCGUUGGACUGUUCUUGGGGAGGGGCACUUUGCGAUUGCUCCAUCCCCUCUCUCUUAUGUACCUGUUCCUGGAGCAGAGCUGACAGACAAGAUGACUUUUUUCCAGAGAGUCAUUAAUUUUCUGCUUUAUUUCAUAACUCUCUAUAAACAAUCUAAGCACUUUGGCCAACAUUACAUAUCUUUCUGUCAGAAAUACUUUGGACCCGAUGUUGAUUACUUUUCCCUCUUUCAGAAUGCAGACAUCUGGCUUAUGAGAAAUGACUUCACUUUUGAGUUUCCACGACCCACAAUGCCAAAUGUAGUCUACAUGGGUGGCUUUCAAUGCAAACCCUCUAAGCCACUUCCUAUUCAUCUAGAAGAGUUUGUCCAAAGCUCAGGGGAGAAUGGUGUUGUGAUUAUGUCUUUAGGUACCCUUUUUGGGGAGCUUCCAGGUGACAUUAGUGAAGAGAUAGCAGCAGCUUUUUCCGAGCUGCCUCAAAAAGUCAUUUGGCGAUAUAUCGGACCUCAGCCUGCUAGCCUUGGUAAUAACACAUUGCUUGUGGACUGGAUGCCUCAGAAUGACCUUCUUGGUCAUCCCAAAACAAAGGCAUUUGUAGCCCAUGGAGGAACCAAUGGUGUUCAGGAGGCUAUUUACCAUGGUGUGCCUAUUUUAGGUCUACCUUUACUGUUUGAUCAGCCUGAUAACCUCUCUAGGAUGAAGGCAAAGGGAACUGCAAAACUUGUGGACAUUGCAACUUUGGACAAAACAGUGUUUUUGGAGGCAUUGCAGGAGGUGCUGUAUAAUCCAUCAUACAGGAACAACAUGCAAAGGUUGUCUAUGCUGCAUCGAGACCAGCCCAUGAAACCUCUUGAUCGUGCUGUCUUCUGGAUUGAAUUUGUUAUGAGGAACAGAGGGGCUCCUCACCUGCGUACACAGUCUUUCAGAAUGUCCUGGAUUUCCUACCACUCUGUGGAUGUUAUACUCACACUACUGGGGGCCAUGUUACUGAUAAUAAAUAUCCAGAUUAAUUAA